GAGGUCACCGCUGCCUUCAGACAGAAGUUCUAUAUGAAAACAGCUGCAACGGGUAUUUUGUGAUCUUACACUAGAGCAACGUUUGAGGACAUUUGGAGUUAGAUUCAUGGCACCAAUUUUACUUAACUGCAUGGGGAAUGACCACAAUGAGUAUAUCAAACAGCAGGUCCAAGUUAAAAAUCCCUACUUGGACGCCAUGGAGGAGGACAUUCUCUACCACUUAAAUUUGGGCACCAAGACUCACAACCUUCCAGAAAUGUUUGGUGACAUUAAGUUUGUGUGUGUUGGCGGCAGUGCCAAUCGCAUGAAGGCUUUCGCCCAGUUCAUCCACCAGGAGUUGAAGCUUCCUGGAAACCCAGAAGAAGUCAGAGACAUCUGUGAGGGAACUGACCGCUACUGCAUGUAUAAAGUAGGACCAGUGCUCUCCAUAAGUCAUGGGAUGGGGGUUCCUUCCAUCUCCAUCAUGCUUCAUGAACUCAUCAAGCUCCUGCACCAUGCCCAGUGCCGAGAUGUUAUCCUUUUUCGCCUCGGAACGUCUGGUGGAGUGGGUCUGGCACCAGGAACGGUGGUGAUUACAGAUAAGGCGGUGGACUACUCCUUCCGCGCCCAGUUCGAGCAGGUGGUCCUGGGUAAGGUGAUCACCAGGAGUACGGAGCUGGAUGAAGGGGUGGCCAGUGAACUUCUGCAGUGCUCUUCUGAGCUCCAGAACGUUCCAACUGUGAUUGGGAACACCAUGUGCACCCACGACUUCUAUGAAGGUCAGGGCCGGCUUGACGGGGCUCUCUGCUCCUUCUCCCAUGAAGAAAAGCUAGAGUAUCUGAGGAAAGCUCAUGAGGCUGGAGUGCGAAAUAUUGAAAUGGAGUCCACGGUUUUUGCUGCCAUGUGCCGUGUCUGUGGGCUCAAAGCUGCUGUGAUCUGUGUGACACUGCUGAACCGCUUCGAAGGAGACCAAAUCACCUCCCCUCAUGACGUUCUGGUUGAGUACCAGCAGAGACCUCAGGCACUGGUGUCCCACUUCAUCAAGAAACGCCUGGGACAUAUUGUCUGAAACACCUGCGUCAUCCAUCACAAGCUUCUCACAUAGAAGCCAGACAACAAUGUAUAUACUGUAGCUUAUGUGGAUAUGUGUAUAUACUUUAUCUAAGAUGUUAAUAUUAGUAUUAGAUACUUAUUUAAAUGUUCUAAUUCCUUUGAUAAGUAUUUUGUAAGUAUGUAUUGCUUAUUUUGAUAUUUAAUACUUAUUGAGAGAAGUGAUUUUGUUCUUAGGAGGUAAGAAGCUGAGAGAGUUCAUUCCUCAAAUGUACAGUAAAUUCAAAUGACUACUUAUUGAGUAUUAUAAACAAUCAAUAAGAGCUAUUAGAUACUUUGAGAUGUCAUUUUAUUCCAAUCAAAUGUUUAUCAUCACUCUAAGACAAUGUAUUAAAUUGCAUUGCUCAAACAAUAAAACUACAAUAAAAGAUG